GGAGCACCCGGCAGAGGUGCAGGACCCCCUGCCCGCUCCCCGGGCGCCGCGCCGCCUUUCCUGCGUCUAGUGCCGGUGCAGGCGCUUCCUUCCUUCCCUCCCUUCCGCCCCGCGGGACCGCGCUGGUCCCGCCGGAAGACCGAGGAGGAGGACGCGGCGGCGGCCAGGCCUCGUCGGUGUGGCUGGUUUGUGUCACAUUUGAAGUUUGUCCGGAAAAGGUUGUCCCGGGACAAAAUCAGCCAUCCGGCGGGGCGGGGACUGCAAGUUCGGGAGCGGGGCAGCGAGCGGGGUUGGUCUGAAUGCGGCGGGGCUCAGGGGUCUUGUCUAAUUGAGGCGAGCGCGCGUUCCUGCCACUCAGACCGCGGGCUCGUCCUCUGCAGUCCGCCGUGCAUCCCCCACCGACCCCUAUUUGUUCCCUCCUGUUCCUCAAACUCCCGGGUACUUGGCAGAGCAGCAUUCCCGGGCGCUGGGUUGCAAACGUGGAUCCUUUCGGUUGGACCCGCUUGGCUUCAGGCGUUUUUCUCAGGUCUCAGACUUUGCUGAGAAGAAGAAGGGGGAACCCCUUGGACACAGCACCCUAGCUUUUCACUCUCUUAGGUGUUGGAGCAAACAGAGAAGCAGGGACCGAGCUCCGGACAUCACUCCCUGUCUCCUGUCUAACCUGAGUGUCUCAUUUCCUACUUGUUACGUCUUGCACGCUGUUUGUAUUCCCGGAAAGUUCCUCUCAGCUCUCUUCUGCUGAACUUGUUUCUCAUGUCGUUACGUAUGUUUCAGGUCUGAACUUAAAUGUGGCUCAUGUAGAGAGGGCUUCCCUGGCUUCCAAGGGUAAAUUAUUUCUCCCUAAUACUCUCCCUAAAAGACUGUGCUUUUCCCUCGUAGCUCUUAGAGAUUGGCCAAAACCAAAAACACUUGCUGUGGGUUUAUUUGUUACUGGGCCCCAGCAAAUCAUAUAGCCGGUGCUGCUCACGAACUUCCAUGGUCCAUAGUCCUGCACAGUGCACUACUGUGCACUGAAAUAGUAGAGACCUGAAAUAUUUGAGUCAGUGAGGAAGAUUACAAGCCCUUUCUGCAGGGGCCAGGGCUUCCUCUUCAUCCUUGGGCCCCCCACUUCACAUGAAAUGUCAGCACAUCCUGUUUCUGGAUGCUAUUGGCAACUCCUUGGGUGGUUUUUCUUUGUAAUUCUUGUGAACUCUCUAGGGGAGGAAAAGGUCUCCAUUUCUGAUAACUCAGUAACUGGCAGUGAGUAGAAAUCUUUUGAAGCCAUAGUUGGUAAUGAAUUAGUUUCAUAAACCUUACCCUUUGAAGAAAUAAAAACCCAAUUUCCACAAAAUGUUGUACAGAGAGAGUACCUCACUGGAUAGAGGUGAGGGGGUGUUGGCCUUUUCAUCUUUUUGCUACCACUCCUCUUGUUCUUUCCUCUCUCAAUUUUUCCUUUGGCUUGCAGCAGGCACCCAGAGGGAACUUCCUGCCAGCUAAAAGCAUUGCAGCCCUGUGGGCUGAUUGCCCCAAGGGUGGCGGGGCACCAGCAGGUACCCUCUGAGCAUUUCCACUGUGCCUCCAUCCCUGUUCCUCUGGAUGCUGACAAAUGUGUCACUGCCACGUAUGACUCUGAUCUCUGCUGACCUCUUGAUUUUUGUAUUCUUAUCUUUCUGCUUCCUUUGGUUUCUCUCAAGCUAUUCGGUCUUUUAUAGAUAUCAAAGGCCAAUUAGGAUUUUCCAAAUCUACACUGUGAAUGAAAGAAUCACCGGAUAUUGGGUGUGACCUUGAAAUCUCUGUUUUCUCAUUCACUCAGCAAGUAUUUAUUGAACCUCUUUUACACUGCAGAUCUGAGCCCUAACUUGCAGGCACCUAACAAUCUGAUAGGUCAGAUUGUGCUCUGUGGUCAGUGGCUAUUGCUUUUAACCAAAAAGGUGGGCUUUUACUUGUUUCCUCUUGAAUCUGGAACAAUCUGAAAAUGUGGGCUUAAUUCCAAAAGGCAGCAUUUUAUUGCAGUAGCAUUUCAAAGUUUAAUUCUGUGGCCAUGUUUUGCCUGCAUGGUCAUCCACUGAGGUGAUUACUGUGAGAUAGAAUAUAAAGUACUUACUCUUUGUUACCCUAAAUUCUUAAUUUAAAAGUUUGAUAUGGAAUUAAUGUAAUUGUCAUUUUUCUCCGUGCUUAACAUUUUCUGCAACUAUUGCACCAAAAAAGGGCAAUUUAAAAUGAACUUAAAUGAUUCAUGUGAGUGUCGGUUUGAAGCAGUUAAUGUAAUGUGAAAGGUACUAAGUUAAUGCUUACACAUACAGUUUAAGCAGGACACUUAAUCUCUGAGGCUUCCCCAUUUAUAAAAUGGGGUUUUUGUUAUUUGCCUGCCUCUUAUAGUCAUUGCAAGAUUCAAAUUUGACCAGGUAUGUGAUAGUAUUGUACAACUUAUAAAACACUACCAAAGUAAGGUUUUUUUUUGUUUUUUUUUUUUGCGGUACGCGGGCCUCUCACCGCUGUGGCCUCUCCCGCCGAGGAGCACAGGCUCCGGACGCGCAGGCUCAGCGGCCAUGGCUCACGGGCCCAGCCGCUCCGCGGCAUGUGGGAUCCUCCCGGACCGGGGCACGAACCCGCGUCCCCCGCAUCGGCAGGCGGACUGUCAACCACUGCGCCACCAGGGAAGCCCCAAAAAUCCAUUAACUUUGGAGUCAGUGAAACAACUAAUUGCAGAAGGUAAUAAAGAAGAACUACAAAAAUGUUUUGGGGCUCGAAUGGAGUUUGGGACAGCUGGCCUCCGAGGUGCUAUGGGAGCAGGAAUUUCUCGUAUGAAUGACUUGACCAUCCUUCAGACUACACAGGGAUUUUGUAGAUACCUGGAAAAACAAUUCAGUGACCUUAAGCAAAGAGGUGUUGUGAUCAGCUAUGAUGCUCGAGCCCAUCCAGCAAGUGGAGGCAGCAGCAGAAGAUUCGCCCGACUUGCUGCAACUACGUUUAUCAGCCAGGGGAUUCCUGUGUACCUCUUUUCUGAUAUAACCCCAACCCCCUUUGUGCCCUACACGGUAUCACAUUUGAAACUUUGUGCUGGAAUCAUGAUAACUGCCUCUCACAAUCCAAAGCAGGAUAAUGGUUACAAGGUCUAUUGGGAUAACGGGGCUCAGAUCAUCUCCCCUCAUGAUAAAGGGAUUUCCCAGGCUAUUGAAGAAAAUCUAGAGCCAUGGCCUCAAGCUUGGGACGAUUCUGUAAUCAAUGGCAGUCCACUCUUUCAUGACCCAAGUGCUUCCAUCAAUAAGGACUACUUUGAAGACCUUAAAAAAUACUGUUUUCACAGGGCUGUGAACAGGGAGAACAAGGUGAAGUUUGUGCACACCUCCGUCCAUGGCGUGGGUCACAGCUUCGUGCAGUCAGCUUUCAAGGCUUUUGACUUUGUUCCUCCCGAGGCUGUUCCCGAACAGAAGGAUCCCGAUCCUGAGUUUCCAACAGUGAAAUACCCAAAUCCUGAAGAGGGUAAAGGUGUCUUGACUUUGUCUUUUGCUUUGGCUGACAAAACCACGGCCAAAAUCGUUUUAGCAAAUGACCCAGAUGCUGACAGACUUGCUGUGGCAGAAAAGCAAGACAGUGGUGAAUGGAGAGUGUUUUCAGGCAACGAGUUGGGGGCCCUCUUGGGCUGGUGGCUCUUUACUUCUUGGAAAGAAAAGAACCAAGAUCACAGCACCCUCAAAGACACAUAUAUGUUGUCCAGCACCGUCUCCUCCAAAAUCCUGCAGGCCAUUGCCUUAAAGGAGGGCUUUCACUUCGAGGAAACAUUAACUGGCUUUAAGUGGAUGGGAAACCGAGCCAAACAGCUAAUAGACCAGGGGAAAAAUGUCUUAUUUGCUUUUGAAGAAGCUAUUGGAUAUAUGUGCUGCCCUUUCGUUCUGGACAAAGAUGGAGUCAGUGCCGCCGUCAUAAGUGCAGAGUUGGCCAGCUUUCUAGCAACCAAGAAUUUGUCUUUGUCUCAGCAGCUAAAGGCCAUCUAUGUUGAGUAUGGCUACCAUAUCACCAAAGCUUCGUAUUUUAUCUGCCACGAUCAAGGCACUAUUAAAAAAUUGUUUGAAAACCUUAGAAACUACGAUGGGAAGAAUAAUUAUCCAAAAACUUGUGGCAAAUUUGAAAUUUCUGGCAUUAGGGACCUUACAACUGGCUAUGAUGAUAGCCAACCUGAUAAAAAAGCUUGAUCCUGACCAGCUGAAGAAAGAACUAAAUGAACUAGUCAGUGCUAUUGAAGAACAUUUUUUCCAGCCACAAAAGUAUAACCUGCAGCC